AUGAUGUAUAUUGUUUAUGAAUAGAUAAAUAUAAAAUUAUACAAAUUCUCUUGGUUCUUGUUUUCCAUACGAUUCAUAUAAAAGUUUAAAAUGGAACUCACAUGCUUAAUAUUAAGAGCUAUGUAAUGCACAACUGAUGGAAAUUAAUCUGUAUCAAAGUUACAAAGAAAUUGGUAUUGAUAUUAUAAUUUAAAUCAUUUUAUUCUAUAAUUAAUAUUAAGCAUCCCAUUAUUAAAAUAGUUGCAUUUAAUUAAAACAAUAUUUUAAACACAUGUAUAAAUAAUGUCAUAUCAAUCAUAAGGGAAUUGUUAGAGAUGUUAAAGGAGAAAUAUUAUCAAUCGGGUUGUUUAUUUGGGAUUCAAUAACAUUCACUAAUAUCAUAUCUACAACUUAUCUAGAAUGUUAAUCAAGACUAACUUAUUGUACAACUAAUUGCAAACAAUGUUUUCUCAAAGUAUCUUGCACAUCCUAUUUUUCAGAGGAGAUUUGUGAAAAUGCAGAAGGAUUCGAUCAUAGAUAGAAUUUGUGUUUGGGUUGA